AUGCUGCAUGUCAUCUCUCGAACAUCCAGGAUGGCCCAAAUUGGGCAUCUUUCAGGUCAGCCUGCCAAUAAGAACAUUUCUUCAAGUAUCAUUCGAGUGACAUUAAAGACACCAGGCAAGCAGGAAGACUUUAUAAUAGCUGCUGAUACCUCAGUCAGGCAGUUCAAGGAGAAGCUAUCAGCUCAUUUUAAAUGCCAAAUGGACCAGCUAGUGCUGGUCUUCAUGGGCUGCCUUCUCAAAGACCAUGACACACUGAGCCAGAGGGGCAUCCUGGAUGGUCACACCAUCCAUUUGGUCAUCAAGUCUAAACAAGGCUCCAGAUCCCUGACCCAUUCCUCCCAGAACAUGCCAACCAACAAGUUCUGCUACCGGGACAGAAACCUCAAAAGAAACAUUAGUGAGGUAUUCCAACCUGCUGUUAUGAAUCACACGUCAGUGGAAUCAGCCCUCUUUGUGGAGCCUGAUGCACCCCAGGGGCUUACCCAGGACCUGGAAGUAGGUAGACAUGAGUGCAUAACACAGAUGCUAGAAAAUUCAAGUGCCCAGUUGCUUCUGUCUACCACCGACCUCAUGAGACAGUUCAUCUCAGAACACCCAGAAAUGCAACAAUUGAUGCAGCAGAAUUCAGAAGUCUCACACAUCCUUGACAAUUCUGAGAUCCUAUGGCAGACCCUGGAACUGGCUACAAACCUUGCCUUGAUUCAAGAGAUCAUGCAGAUCCAUCAACCUGCACAGACUCUUGAGCGUCCUCUGAGCUCACCUUCACAACUGGGUCUAGAGACAACCCCAGGUGGGAACAAGGCCUUGGACCAAAGCUAUGCUGAUUCCAAAGAUCAAAUACUGAACAGCUCACAAGAUCCCUUUAGGGGUAACCCUUUCACAGUUCCUAUAGAAGGACAAGUGCAAGAACAAGUCCACUUCUCACCCUCAUAUCCACCAUCAUCCCAGGAAAGGCUGGACCAGCUCCCUGUAACCCAAGUCAUCUAUACUAGUUCUUGUGAUUUAUCUUCAAUCACCUCACCCAGUGCUACCCCCAACAAGGUGAGCCAUACUUCUAGGGGUAAUACUGCUACUAAUUCCACCAAGGGCCAGAAUCAUAUCUGUGACAUUCAGCAGCCAGCUGGGGUACAAGCCUUACCUAACAGAGAGCUCACACAGCAACUCCAGGCAGAAGACAAAGAUGACACCAUCUCUCUAGAUAGCUCUGGUCAGAGGCUGGAGGAUGACCUCCAACUUUCAGAAGAACAGACUGCUUCCUCCCAGAUCAUAGGAAGCAUGAUAAAAUUGCUUUUGAACAACUCCUACCUGGCCGUUCAGAUGAUGAUGUUCAUGAGCAUGUCCCAGUUGAAUGAACAGUGGAGGCAGCAGCUUCUCACCUUCCUGCAGCAGACACAGCUUUCUGACAUUCUUAUAGCCCUAGCCAACCCUAAGGCAUCUCAAGCAAUGUUGCAGAUUGAGCAUGGUCUACAGCUGCUGACUACUGAGGCUCCUGUUCUUCUGCCCUGGAUUGCACCUUAUCUCUGGGGCUUGGGUUGUCUUCCUGCCCCCAGUUGCAGCUACCCUGACACAGUGCCCAGGGCCUGGGAUGUGCCAAAUAUGGCUGAGUCUGAAGGGCCUGAGUGCUGCCAUAAAUCUGGAGCAAGCCUGUAGAGGCUACAGUCCAUAGCUAAAGAUCCUUCCCCUCUUCUACAAGCCCCUGAGAUUCGUUUCAGCAAGCAAAUGGAAUCACUUCAGGCCAUGGGAUUUGAGAACUACCACCAUCUGCAGGUGCUCUUUGUUACUGAGGGGAACACCAAUGCUGCUAUUUGCAAGCUCAGGAGAUUCCAAGGAUUCUAA